GGCAGGCGCGGCAGGCGCGGCGGCCGCCCCCUGCGGCGCGGGCGCGCCGCCGCAGGAGGCCCCUCUGGCGGCGCUCCACGCGCGGUCGGCGCCGCUGGCCCUCGAGCACGCGCGCCUGGCCCAGGAGGGGGGGCCUCGACGGCGCCCGGCGGCAGGACGCGCUGGAGUGGCUGGUGCAGGCCUUCGAGGCCGUCGGCCUGUCCGACGCGCAGCUAUUCGUGGCCAUAGGCCUGCUGGACCGCUUCGCGGCCGCCUCGCCGGCGCCCCUCGCCGCCGGCGCGGGGCUGAGCCAGCUGGCGCCGCCCGCACCGCCCCGGG